UAUAAGAGUAAGUCGUUAAACCUGUGAUAAUGCAAUAAAUCGGCAUUCCUUAUGAUAUUCAUCAUGUCUGCUAUAUCCUACACUGAAGAUAGAUAUCAUGCGAUUUAGUUAUUUCUGCUUAACAGUCAAUAAAUUGUGGAUAUUUGAGCAAGUGAGGUGAUAUUUGAAAUUAUUUAUGUACUUCCAUUAGAAAAAUCAUUUUCUUUAUUGUAAGUGACAAUGUCAAACACAUCGAAUUUUCAGAAUGUGCCAUCUUCACAAGUUGUGGAUGAAUCAUCUGAUGCAAAUAAUAGUUCUCAACAUUCAAACAAUGAAACUGAUUCCGAAGAAUCGAGUUUGAAUGAAAUAAAAGAGACGACUAAAAAUAAAGAUUCAGUUUCAUUCUCUGGUGCUAGUCGCUUUGACUCUAAUAGUAAUAUUUCUUCUCGUAGGAGAAGGGAUGCAAAGUCAUCGAAUAUAAAUUCAGAUAAGGGAAACUAUGAAAGUGAAGAAAGCAAAAGUGCAUCUCAUAAAAAGGAUUCUGAUACAGAACUGAAAAUAAAAGUUAAAAAAGAAGUGCUUUCUGAUGAUCCUCAUUCCCCUAUGUCAGAUAUAAAUCCCCCAUCGUUUACAACUCGAUCGAAACAACGGAAGUUGGAAAGGCGAAAAUGUCAGCGUGCUCCUAGCAGUGCAAGUAGUGCUGUUGAUUCUGAUGCAAGAAAAACGAAAAGUGAACCAAUUUUGAUUACUAUUGAUUCAGAUAGUGAUGAUAAUGUUUCUGUUAUUUGUAGCCGGCCUAACAGAACAGCAAGAAUUAGAGGCGAAAUAUUUAGACAGCUUUCGAGAAUUAAUUGUCGUUCUGCAGCUAAAGUAACAAGCUACAAAGAUAGUGAUUCUUCAUCAUCUGAAAGUGGGAAAGUGAGAAGGAAACGUAAAAGCAAAGUGAAGGUUGCAAAAGUUUCAAGAGAUAAAAGAAGAAAAUAUUUGGUGAAACGUAUUACUAAUAAAAGCCAUUUAAAGUUAAGAAGCAACCACCCAAAAAAACAUAUAGCUCAGGUUUUUAGUCCUAAGAAAACUCAGCGUCUGAAAAUUAAGAAUCUUCGAAAACGAUUUGAAAAACAAAAAAAAGAAACUUCUGGUUUUAAAAGGCAGUAUCCACUAAAGAAAUCCUCACAGCAGGUUGCAAGUCCUGUCAAUAAGGUCAAAAGUAUUAAAAGUGAAUUUGUGUCAAAUGUUGUGGCUUCUACAUCAGGUAUAUCAAAGAGAAGAGCAAGUUCAAAAAGCAGCAGUAUUAAAGCAAGUGAACAUUCACCUGUCGAUGCUGAAGUUAACUCUGAUAAAAAGCAAACAAACACAAGCAUAGCAAUUAAUGAAGCAAGUAAAUCAAAUUCAUCAACUAUGGAAGAUCGUGAUAUUGAUUCAAAAUCAAAUAAGGAUUUGGAUGAAAAGGUAAAAAGUAAAAGUGAUUCACUUCCACAGAGUGUUGGGGCUCGAAAAAGGUCAACAAGCAAAGUUUGUAAUGUAAACGUGAGUGAUUCUAAAUUCUGUGAUGUUAAUGUAAGCGAUUCAAAACUUAGUACUGUAAAUGUGAGUGAUUCUAAGAUUUGCAAUAUAAAUAUGAAUGAUUCAAAUAAAUGUGAAACUGUAAAUGAAUCUACAAAAGCUGUAAAUAAAGCUGAUAAAGAUACAGAUAUAAAGGAUUCAGAUAAACGUUCUGCUGUAAUUGAUUCUGGUAAAGCUAAUGAACAUGGAGAAAAUAAAAUUGUUACUUUGUCAGAGAAAAUGGAUUCUGACCCAGUUGAUAAUUGCUCAAAAACUCAGAACUGCUCACGUAUAGAAAAUAAAAAUGUUGUGGAUAAUGAAAAGAAAGCAUUAAUUUCUUCUAAAGUCACAGCAGGUAUUAAGAAGAAAUUGAAACCUGUGGAUAAAAUAAUUCGUCGCCGAGGUAGACCUCGUCUUUGUGAUGCCAAACCUAAAGUUAUUCCUGUGCUAACUGAUAUAAAGAAGUAUCAGCCAUUCUUGCAAAGCACUUUCUGCUUUGAUAUUGCCCAGAGGCUUUCAAAAUGUCGUGAAUGCCGCAUUGCGCUUUAUAGGAACAAUCGUAGAAUGUUUAAUUCAUAUUGCCGCUUUAUGGAAUACAGAAAAUUAUGUUAUACUAAAAGUGGUGCGAUUUUGAUUGCUGGUUUUUCAGAACCAACUGAAGCUACCCAUGAACACUUGAAUCAGUGGUUGCCUCAGAUUCAUGAUCCUCCAAAGGAUCUGAAUAAUGAAACUGCAAAGUCACUCUUAGAACAUAUUGGAGAUCAGUUUUGUGAUCUCAUCGAACAAGAAAAAGAAGCAGUUUCGCUUCAUAUUGGGCAUAGUAAAACCUUAACUUGGAAAAGAAUUGUUCAAGGAGUAAGAGAAAUGUGCGAUGUAUGUUCAACCACUAUAUUUAAUAUCCAUUGGGUUUGUCCAAUUUGUGGUCUUGCCGUAUGUAUUGAUUGUUAUAAAGUCCGAAAGCAGGGUAUCAUUGUUGAAGACGAUGAAGAACAGCCAAAAGAUCGAGAUGAGUAUAAAUGGCUGUUGUGUACAAUGAAGCAACCACAUGAACAGGAAAAGCUACUCAUGGCACAAAUCAUACCUGGUAAUGCUUUAUGGACUAUGAGAGAGUUAUUACAUAAUGCAAGAAAGAAGUGGAAUAUACCAUCAUAUUGCAAAUGCAAUCCUCAAGCAAUAUCUGCUCCAGAUAAGCAUAUUUCUACAGGUAUUUGUAAACAGUUAAUGAGUUUUGUGUCAAAAGCGUUUCCAGCUGUUCGAACUCAUUUUAAUGCUGGUGGUGAAGCAAAUAAUGUUAAUAAUGAAAUUAAUUAUGAUGACUUAGAUGUUGAAGUUAAUGAUAUAGCUCUUAGAUGGUUAGAAGGAACUGACAUAAAUUCUGAUAGUUUGAAGCAGUCAGAUGAUAAUUUCCACAGUUAUGAAGAUUUUGCUAUUUUAAGAGGUGAUCUUCUACAGGAUUUUCCGAGAGAUGAAAGUGUGUCGGAAUCCGAGCAGGACUUUUCAAGUAUUUCUCUGGAUGAAAUAAUUGCAUGUGUUACAAAACCUCAGGGAAGUGAUGAGAAAGAGGGAUCUGAAAAAAGUGUUCUAAAGCAUUUCAGUCAACGAUACCCACAAGCAAAUAGUGGAAGAGAUCCUCUGCCUAUUCGUAUAUAUACUAAUAUAGAAAGCAACCUAGCAUUUUCCAAUGUACCACAUUCAUGGUUUUGUAAUGGUCGCCUUCUGUUUCUUCAUAAAGCUGAUCAUCCAGAUAAUUUAGCCUUGUUUCAAGAACAGUGGAAGAGAGGUCAGCCAAUAUUAGUUAAAGGGGUUGAAGAAGGAUUAGACAUGAGUCUUUGGCAUCCUGAUAGCUUCUGUAGAGAUUUUGGUGAAGUGAAGAAUGACUUAGUGGACUGCAGAACGGGUGCUGUAUUGAAAAAUUUGCCAAUGAAAAGAUUUUGGGAGGGCUUUGAAACAUUUAGCAAAAGAAUGAAAGACGAAAAUGGAGAAUAUAUGUUACUGAAAUUAAAAGAUUGGCCUCCAGGUGAAGAUUUUAGUGAAAAACUUCCAACAAGAUUUCAGGAUUUGAUGAAAGGAUUACCUUUACCAGAAUAUACCCAUCGUGAUGGUAUUUUGAACCUUGCUGGCAGAUUACCAUCUUGGUUUGUUCGACCUGAUCUUGGUCCUAAAAUGUACAAUGCAUAUGGAUCUGCUCUUUAUCCUACCAAAGGAACAACAAAUCUUCAUUUGGAUGUUAGUGAUGCUGUUAAUGUUAUGGUUUAUGUAGGCAUACCCUCUGAUGGAAAUUCUCAUCUGCACAUUCAAGAAGCCCUAAAAGCAAUUGACGAGGGUGGCUGUGAUUCACUGAUGAGACAUAGAGUUAGAGGUCGAUCUACAAAACCUGGUGCAUUGUGGCAUAUAUAUAAUGCUAGAGAUGCCGAUAAAAUUCGUGAAAUGUUGACCAAGGUUGCUAUUGAACGAGGGGAGAAGCUGGAAGCCCACCAUGACCCUAUCCAUGAUCAGAGUUGGUAUAUUGAUUCAGAAUUACGAAAACGUCUGUAUCGUGACUAUGGUGUGGAAGGUUAUGCCAUUGCUCAAUGCCUUGGAGAUGCAGUUUUCAUUCCUGCUGGAGCUCCUCAUCAAGUACGCAAUUUGCAUAGUUGUGUGAAAGUUGCUGAAGACUUUGUAUCUCCUGAAAACAUUGCCCAUUGUUUCAAAUUAACUCAGGAAUUCAGGAAUUUAUCUGACACACAUACAAAUCAUGAAGAUAAAUUACAAAUAAAAAAUAUUAUCUAUCAUGUUGUACGAGAUGCUCUUGCGCACUUACUUUCAAGUAAUCAGACAGUGAGUUGAGCCAUGGAAAGAUCUCGCUUAAAACUUUGAUGUCCAUUAUGAGGAGGAACUCAGAAAUGCUGCAAGUAUUGCAACUAUUAUGACAUAGCAUUUGAGUUUAUUUUCAUGCAAUGUUUCCUAAACUGUUCGAGAGUAUUGUCAAGAUACUGGUUCUCAAAAGUAAUGAAAAUAAGAUGUACCUUUUUGUUAUGUAUGUGCAUAUCUACUUAUAAAUGUAUAAGUGUGCACACAAAAUGGAGGAUUACAAACAGUGCUAAUGAAAUAAUUAGUCUGAAAUGUAUAGUACUUUAGUUUUGGAAACGUCGCAUUCAUGUAUUUGCACUUUAUUCAUGCCUGUUAGGAAAUAUGAAUUAUAAAAUGACCUAACGGUGGUCAACUUUCUGGUCAUCAGUUAGUAAAAUUGCUGAGGGUCAUUUAAUGUAUUUCAAAUCUUGUACAUAUUUGACAUUCUUUUAGAAAGUGUUUCAUAAUUUCUAAAAAUUGUUCUUAAAAUGUGUGUGUUAUAAUUAAGCUAUUAUUUGGGACAAUUUUGAUGUUUCUAUAAGAAAAUGUUCCAUGAUUUCCAAUAUGUCAUUACUAAAUUAUUAUUUGAGAAAACUUUGAUAUAUUUUUUAGGAAAUGUUCAUGAUUUCUAAAAAUUUUUCUUAACAUGUGCUUGCUCUGAAAAUUAAUCUUAAAGUAUAUGUUAUUGCUAAGCCGUUAUUUGGAAUAAAUAGAAUAAAUACUAGAGUAACAGAGUGAAAUUUUUUUUAUGAAUGUUGAAGGUAUUGCUUAAUAAAUAUUUAGAUUCUUUUGAAUUUUCUAUAAGUACUCAAAUUGUAUUCAUUAGAAAGAAAAUAGAAAAAUAAUGUUUUAAAUGUACGUACACGUUGUCUUGUCAUUGAAAAUGAAAAAUACAAAUGAAUUACAGAUGGGAAGAUUCUGUCUAAAAUAAGCAUUUAGUAUUUUUAUAAAUAACUGCAAUUUUUUGUCUCAUCUGAUAUUAAUGUACUUAAUAAUUUACUUUUUUUUUUUUUUUUGAACCAGUAGCAGCCGAGUAAUUAAAACCACUAAAUACUGGGAGUUUGAUCUUAGGUGAAUGAACCGGCUGCAUGCUAGGCUUUGGUUGGGUGGGGGUCCUCAUGCAUAAUGUGAAUACAAAUCAGUCUAUGUUAGAAAGUCCUCCACUAAAGCAUCCUUCUCCUUAGGUGCAUAACGAGCGUUGCCUCAUUCAAAUAACCUGUGUUUGGUUUUGCAUUAAAAUGUUAUCAUUAAAAUAAACAUUAUUAAAAACUUUUCAUAUAUUACAAGAAACUGUUAUUUUUAAAUCUACUUUUACUUCAUAGUGAAAUUGCUGUGUAAAUUAUCAGUGCUUUAAUAGCUUAUCUUCUAUUUUAGGAAAAAAAAUAAGUUGUUAAACAAAACCUUAUAAAUCUAUUAUUUUGUAUUUAUUAUUUAUGUAGUUAUUAGUCAUACUUAUUAGAAUUGAAAUCAACUCGCAAUCAUCAGCAUGGCAGACUUUAAAAACUUUGGAACUAAAUUGUUAGAAUCAAAAUACAAACUGCUUAAGAUUAUACAAAAAUAGAUUAUGCAUUAUCUGAUGUCAGCUAACAUAACCUAGAAUUUUCUUCCUUUUGAAUUAUCAAAACUCGUAAGAAAAUUGUUUUAAAAAUAUGUUUUAAAAUUGCAUAGGAAUGUUAAAUAUUUCUUAAAUAUGAAAUAGAUAUUUUUUCAAAACUUAAUCAUUUUAAA